AUGAAGGUUUUAAAUGAGUUUGGGGAACAUGUGUAUAACCUGGGAUGCCAUACAAAGAAGGUGUGUGACAAUUUUACGUCUACAGCUAAGUCAUGUUCUGAAUGUUGCAAAACCAGCCUAUGCAAUGCUGAAGCUUGUGGAGAACCAGGCUAUCCUACGAAAAGAGGACCUAUUUGUUAUAACUGCGCAGUACAUACUGAUUCAGGGCCAUGUCAUGGUAUAGACUUUUGUCUGGAAGACGAGACAUGUAACAUUGUUGGAAGACAACUGUUUUCAAGCGAAGUGUUUACGAGCAAGUGUAUAUCUAAACACGCAUGUAAGGAACACCAGGGGGAGCAUGCAGCAAUUAUUGGAAAGCGUGAUAUAUCUAUGGUGAAGAGAACGCAGCAACACACGUGUGAUUUAUGCUGUGAUCAUGAUCUCUGUAACAGAAAUUGUUCAACUGCUACUUCUCUUGUUGGUCCCACGGUUGUAAAUAAAUGUAACACAAAUCCAUGCGGUUCACAUGGCACCUGUGUUGAAGGUCCUAACAGGUACACAUGUAUAUGUGAUAUCGGAUACGAAGGCUCUGGGUGUGAAAAAAAUACAAACGACUGUAUCCAGGGUAUAUGUGGACAUGGUACAUGUAUAGAUGGAGUGAACAAUUAUACGUGUUCUUGCGACAAGGGAUUCACUGGAACAAACUGCCUAACAAAUAUUGACGACUGUAUAUCACAACCAUGUGCUGCUGGUAGUACAUGCUACGACGGGUUAAAUAGCUACACAUGUAUAUGUGCGCCUGGAUUUUCUGGAAUUAACUGCGAAACUGAUAUAGAUGAUUGUUUGCUCGGUCUCUGUGGAAUGGGUACCUGUAUUGAUGAAGCAGACAAUUAUACAUGCUCGUGUCCGUCUGGAUUUAGCGGACGUAACUGCGAAACAAAUAUUGAUGAUUGUUUGCCUGGUAUCUGUGGAAUGGGUACCUGUAUUGAUGAAGUGGACAAUUACACAUGCUCGUGUCAGUCUGGCUUUAGUGGGAUUCACUGCGAAACAAGUAACAUUUCCGACUGUUUUGACCUUCUCCAUAAAGGAAAGAUGACACAAGAUGGUGUUUACAAUAUAACAACAUGGAAACACAAUCGGCAGAUCCAAGUGUAUUGUGAUAUGACAACAGAUGGGGGUGGUUGGACGGUUUUCCAAUAUCGCUUUAAUGGAAGUAUUGAUUUCUACAGAAAUUUUACGGAAUAUGAGACAGGGUUCGGAAAGUGGGAAACAGAGUUUUGGCUAGGUCUUAAAAAUGUCCAGGAAAUGACAUCUCAAGGUAAAACUGAAUUAAGACUGGAUCUAACGGCGGCUGAUGGCACAACUGCUUUCGAAACAUUCCAGAACUUUUACCUUGACGAGGGUUCAAACUAUACUCUCCACAUUGAUCCUGGAAAGGGUACCGCAGGUGAUGGCUUUGGGUUGUCGUAUAAUAAUCGGGAACAGUUUUCAACCUACGACGUUGACCGUGAUUCAUUUCCUUCUGGAAGUUGCGCUGUAUUGCGCCAUGGUGGGUGGUGGUACACCUAUUGCGUCUACGCCAAUCUGAAUGGAGACUAUGUAACACCAGGAACAGAUCGAUCAGGCGACACAUGGCGCGGAAUGGUCUACUAUGAUUUUCAAGGUCAUUUAUCUCUAAAAGCCGUUAAAAUGAUGUUCCGGCGAGUUUGAAAUCCACAUUUUGAAAUUUUACUCAGAAGCAGUUAUCAUUUCCGAAGCCUUUAGGACAUUAACACUUGAUUAUUUACGACAUACAUUCGACGCAAGUGAAACCACGCGUUCUAAGUAUAUUUCAGAUUGGGAAAGAAUGUUUUUGUACUAAUAAGUCUUGAUUCCGAGUGCAUGAAACCUCUAGAUAACAUGUACAUUGGCUUACUAGCGACGUUCAGUAAAUAAUUUUACUCAGUAUGUUGAUCCGAAACCGGUUGUUAUUUUUUAAAUGCGGUUUUCGGCACAUUAUUGAGCAAUUUAUUGGAAAGAUAGAGAGGACUUCAAUAAACCUCCUGGCUUCCGGUCCAAUCCAAAAUUUAAGUAUCUGACUAAUUAUCUAAAUGUACAUAUUGGA